AUGGCGCAACAAUGUUUUGAAGAAGUCUUGAAGAGCCUACCUGAGUCCAAGAUCAAGAUCAAGGGCUUAGAACUCAGGUUCAGGCCACUGGGCGUCUCUGACGAACCCGCUUGCAGCGUGGUGGAAACAGCAUUUGAGAAUCCAGACCAUAGAUGCACACCGGAAAAGGUGGGUGUCAUCAGCUGUAUGGAUAUGGUCCCGAUAUCCGACACUUUCACGUAUCGCUUAACCAAGUACUCGAAAGUCUCAUGCGGUCUCUUCGCUGUCAUAGACCCCCAUCACUCCGGUCCCUUGUCAGAAAUAGACCAGCCCACUCUAGCCAAGUUGACAUGUAACGACGAUACGGAUGCGAAGAAGCUAGCUCUGGUUGCCCAUGCAGUUUCUACAAUAGGAAACUCUCCGGUCGUAACGGAUGCCGACAUGGCGUAUCCCAAAGAUUGGCGCAAUGCUAAAACCAACGGCACAAGUCACACUGAGCAUGGCAGGAUCAGGACCAUCUGCCUCCAUUCGCUAGCUAUUCUUCCUCAAUUCCAAGGGUUUGGGCUAGGACCCCUCUUGAUGAAGACCUACGUUAGAUACAUAGAGGAAUCGAAGUUGGCUGAUCGUGUGGCGUUGCUCUGCGAAGACCGACUUAUACCCUUUUACCAAAAGUUGGGAUUCGAACUCCUGGGCCCCAGUGCCGCUCAGUUUGGUGGUGGAGGUUGGUACGACAUGGUCCUCGAGUACAACAAAGAGGAAGUAACCGCAUAA